CAUGAGUGGUCUUCAUCAUCUCCACCCCCUGUCACGCGGUCUAAGGCGGCGAUGGCAGCACCGGCGGGUCUUCGUCAGCGAGCGAGAUUCCGGUUGAUAAUCAAGGACUGGUUUCGGAUCCUGGAUCGGAAUCUGGAGUGCCGGAGCUUGGAUCCUCUGAUCCGCGAGCCAUGGAUGCGGAGAAACAUGUUUUAACUGAUGUGCCUGUGAUGGAGAUCUCUCUUGAAGCCGACGCAUACCCUGAAGCCAAUGUCUUGGAGAUAUCUACAAUAGCAGGCCAAGUGGUGACGGAUGGUGAGAAGUCGAAGGCAUGGAAGAAGCAAGCUAAGGCUCCAUCGGCAAAGCUACUUUCUCAGUAUUCUCAGAGGUGCCAUGUCGAGCUAUCAGUUGAUGAUGGCAACGAUAGUGCUACGAUUGUGUUGUGGUCUUCGAAAGGGAGAUAACUAAGCUCACUAAGAGAGAUGCUUCUGAUCUCGCUCUUGAGCUGUUAUCCUUUUUCUCGCCUACACUACAUUUGUCCACAUUUAAAAUUGGCAGUCACUCUGAAACAAACUACAUAUGAAUGGCGUUGGAGGAUAGGAACUCCUGAGAUGUCUUGGAAAGCUUGCUGGGAAGGAAUACAUUUUCAAGAUAUGUGUCACUUCAUACAUUUUCACAUCAAGCCAUCGUAUCUUCACUGUCUCUAAAAGUAGCAGCAACAACCAAGCUCCAGUUGAUGAAGGGGAAGGUGGAGAAGCAAUUGCAUCUGUCAGCAACACUGCUGCAGCUGCUGCAGCAGGAGACGAUGAAUUAAACCCUCCCAGUUUGGAAGCAAAAUAGAAUAGCCGCAAAUGCAUGCGUGAGUGAUAGUUCAAAUGCCCGUUCUGCUCUCAACCCCACUUAGCUUUCUUCUGUUUAGAAUUUUUAAGUUGCUAUGAUUUUGUUUUUGGACAAAAAAAUUCUAUGAUUUUGAAUCCAUUUUAGUUUCCUCGGGGAGGACAAUUACUAAAUUUUGAUGGCACAGACAAUUACUAAGUUUUGAUGGCA